AUGACAACUCUCAAUCAGGUUGGGCUAACGCAAUUGCUCGAGAGUCUGUCAAUCUCUGCACCGACCUUGAAGGUUGUCGAUGCCACCAUCUUGAGCAAUCCGCUCGACUUGUGUCGCACAACGCUGGCUGAACUGCUGUCUGGGCUGGUCGACUGCGAUGUUCAGACCGCAUACAAGUCCAUCCAAUGGCCGAAUAACAUCUUCAAUGGCGAUCUCUCAGUGACCGUUCCGAAGCUUUGUCCGGGCCGCAAGCCUGCUGAGUUGUCCUCGCAAUUGGUAGACAAGUUCCAAGGAAAGCACUUGCGCAGUACCAUCAUUGGAGCCUUCGUCAGCCGAUUGUACGAGUUGCUUGGCUGGAAUGUGACGCGCAUCAACUAUCUCGGUGACUGGGGUAAGCCAAUUGCUUUGCUCAAGGUCGGCUGGGACAAGUUCGGCUCAGAAGAUGCUUUUGAGACUGACCCAGUGGGCCAUCUGCUUGACGUCUACCACCGGAUCGAGGACGUCUUCCAGCCUGAACAAGCGGCGAGUAAGAGAGCUCGUGAUGAGGCAGCCAAAGAAGGAAGAGACGAGGGCGAAGCCCAAGUUGAUAUAGAAAGCCAGGGCAUUUUCGCCGAGCGCAACGAGGCGUUCAAGAAGCUUGAGGCAGGGGACGAAUCGAUCGUUUCCUUCUGGAAGCGUGUCCGUGAAGCCAAUAUUGAGAACUACACCAGCUUCUACGAGCGACUCGGUAUCCAAUUCGACGAGUAUUCUGGCGAGUCGAAGGUCUCCCAAGAGGUCAUGACCGAGGUCGAACAGCUGUUGAAAGAGAAGGGCCUCUCCGAGGAAAGCGGCGGAGCGUGGAUCGUACACAUGCAAAAGCUCGGUGCCAAAGCCGGGACUGCCAUCAUUCGGGAUCGUUCAGGUAGCAGCACGUAUCUCUUGCGAGAUCUUGCUGCUGUACUGGAGCGCUCGAGGAAGUAUGCGUUCGACAAGAUGGUCUACGUUGUGGCCAACGACAACAGUGUUCACUUUACGCAGCUUUUCAGGAUUUUGGAGGCAUUGGACAUGAAAGACCUUGCCAACAGACUGCAACAUGUCCGUUUCAGUGAAGUGUCGAAGAUGUCGGCGGUUUUAGGAAAGGGCUACAAGCCACAGGCUAUCCUCGACACCAGCGAAGCAGCGAUCAAGGGCCUAUCAGAGGUCGAUGUGGAAAAAGCUGCCUUUGGACAUACUGCGAGCGGUGAAUUAGCCGAUGAUCAGUUCGAAUCGCUGGCAGAUGAAGACCAAGCCAAUCUCCUGCGCGUACUUGCCCAGUACCCCGAGGUUGUGGAUGCCACCUUCCAUUCCCUCGAGCCAGCUGGCAUCGUUACGUACUUGACAGCAAUUACUGAGCAGCUGUCCGAGUGCUUGGGAGAGGAAGUCGAUGAGAGUGAUAUUUCCUCGGGGCUUGUUGCCUUGCUGGAAGCCACCAGGAUCGUGUUGCUGAAUGGCAUGAAGGUGCUUGGAGUUGUACCCAUUCCAGAUCUGCCUCAGGAACGGGCAGAUACACCUAUCGCUGAUUGA